AUGUCCACCAGACGAACGCCUUUGUCUAGCAACCCCAAUGUGGUCAAUUCACCCUUGAGAGCCGCUUCUGCUCUGGCUCACGCCAAACAGAAGCGCUCUCAUGCCAACAUCCAACGGGAGGAGCUCUACGCCCAGCCGCCCCCGUUCAAGAAGCAGGUUGUCGAAAAUGUCGGCUCGCGUCAGCUUCGGUCGCCCUCCAAGGUCACAAAGGCUUCCCAGCUUCCCCAGCGAGUCGGCCGUCCCAUAACAAAGGAACGAUCAACACACCACGAUGACUCUAGUAACGUCGAGAGGAUCCGCCAAUGGCAGGCAGAGUACCGCGGGAGGUUUCCCAAGAUGGUCUUUUACUUUGAUAGUGUCCCGGAAGAUCAGAGGGCCAAGCUUACCCGUCAAGCCCAGUCUCUUGGAGCCAGAGACGAACGAUUCUUCUCCAGUAGCAUCACCCACAUAGUGACCGCCCGACCGAUACCUGCCCAGGAAGACGUGCAAGCUGCUGCACACGACGCCGAACUCGAGGAGCAGCCUCAGACCAUCAACCCUUCCCUUCUCGACCGGUCUACCGAUGCACGAAGACGUCUUCUGCUAGAGACGACCUCGAGGCGAGCUCAAGCUCACGAUGACAGAACCCGGAGGACGAGAUCAACCCAGAGCAACGAUGUUCUUCACAAGGCUCGGGACAUGGGAAAGAAGAUUUGGUCGGUGGAAAAGUUCCAGAGGAUAUUGCAGUUUUUGCUGGAGCCUGACCCGCAUGUCGUCGCGGCAUAUGGCGCCAACCGCGAUUCUGCAAGAAACGUAGGGACAAAGAAGGCUACGGAGGAGCCCGGUCUGUUGCAGCUGUUGCAGCAUGAGCGGCUGAACGGUCCCUCGGAUGCUGUCACGAGCCGGGAAAUGAUCAACUUCAAGGGGCCAUAUAUCUACAUCUACGACAUUGACGAGAAGCAGAAGCCUAUCAUGUUGCGGGAGUAUCCCAAGGUCAAUAACAAGUACCACGGCGAGUGGCCGCAGUUCAGGACUGUUACCGAGGGCCGGUGCCCAUUUGUCGAGGAGCCAGAACCCGUUGAGCGGCCUAGUAGGAAACCGUCAACGCAGCAAAAGGAUCCAAAGGAACACAAGGAGCGUGUCGCCAAACCUGCGGCCGAGGAGAGCCCGUCUCUCCAGCCUCCCGAAGUGCCUGCGCCAAAGGCAGCCAUUGGCAAGCGCUCGCUUUCUGAGAUGCAAGAGGGCCAGAACAAGUUACGGGCUGCCAUGAAGCCUAUGGAUGUGUUCAACCCUCCCAAGGCCGUGGUAUCAAACCCGAUUGAUUUCGGUCGGACUCAACAUGCUUUCACUGGACGGACUGGCAACGGGCGUUUCUUGGCCGGCGAGCCCGUCGCCUCUGGAUUGCAGCCGUCAAAUGUGACUUCGGCUAUCCGGUCGAACAUGAUCUCGUCCACCUCCGGCAUCAACGGAGCCAAGGCCGGUACGAGUAAGGAGGUGCAUGGUUUGCAACGCAAGGUGUUGCAGCGGGGUGCACCCGUUCCCCAAGACGCCAGCUCCCGGCGGCUCACGGAGAUGUCUCUGGAAGCGACGUCUACCAGAUCUACUAGUGUUUCUCGAACCACCAGCAGGCGUAUGGAGCUCAUUGAGGAGGACGCCGAGAAGCAGAGCUCCAAGCUCUCGAGAACCAGCUCAAAGACACAGGCUCCGCCGGCUAAAAGCAAGCGCGACCUGAAGCCGGGCUACUGUGAGAACUGCCAGGACAAAUUUAAGGAUUUUGACGAGCACAUUCUCACACGCAAGCAUCGCAAGUUUGCCGAAAACACUGACAACUGGGCCGAGCUGGACGACCUUCUCAGCCAACUGGGCCGGACCAGGCCAACCCAUGGACUCCUCGUCAUGUCGCCCAACACUUUGACACCGACUCUGCCCUGCUUCCCAAUGUUCUUCUCGAUCCCCCACUUGCCGCUGCAAUGCACGGCGCAUUAUCAUCAAAAAGCUACGGAUACGUUCCACUGUUGUGGAAUCAAUGAUACCACAUCAUUACCACCAGGGGCCGUACAUGCGAUAGGAGGAGAAACUAGGACGGCGCGUCUUAAUGAACCACGGUGUAGAUAUCACAUUGAACAGUCUAUGCUUGUGUAUAUUGAUGCUGCGGGUGCCGUGAAGCAGCCCGAGUGUUUGUGUUAUUCAGACAAGGCGUUGAGGAUAAUUCAAGCAUUUCAUACACCCCAUCGUAUCCUAGAUGAAUGUCAUCGUGCAUUCCAGGCUUUGAUUAUGUCACCGGUACAUCAAAUCUCCGGAUUCCGGGGGUGCAUUGACAGCCACGAUCUCGACUUCAAGAAGCUAUUAUGUAUUCAUUCUAGUCUCGUCACGAGAAAGGCACCGGCCUGCGUACCAGCGUCUUCUAAGCGGCCCAAGCUUGGUCUAGAUAGUCAUCGUCUCCGAAAUGAGGUGAAGCAAUGGGAAUUCCAUAUGCUGCGCAUUGCGCGUGCCGCACCGCGCGCUGAAAGCCCCACCAUCACACGGCCCUCGUUUAGACGCUUUCAAGGUGGCACUGACAUCAAUCAGUCUCUAUGGCUCAGUCGGUAG